GUAAGGUAAUAUUUUGUUCGUCAACCCGGCUUUUAUUUUUGAAGCAAUGACCGGAAAACCCAUUAAUUUUCUCUCUGUCUCAGUCAGAUUUGACUGGUUCGCUGAGACAGAGGGAGGAGGAGGAGGGCACAGCUGGGAGUGUCAUGCCUGCUCUAUCAAACUGUGGACUGGUUUGACCUGUCACGGAGCCUCUCCUUUCGGGCAAACAAUGUAUUUCAGUCACAGAAAACAUUAAGUAGUUCGCUUUGGGGAAAAAAGGGAGAAGGGAAUAGACGACCGGGAACACCGACGCGUCGCGAAACAGCAACUGCGCAGGAUGGGCGAGCGGGCGGACACGGCGUUUAAAACCACUGGAUCCAAGUGGUUGCUGCCUGUCAGUGAAUACUUGGGUUUUCCUCUUGAUCAGGUGAAUUUUUUGGCGUGCCAGCUGUUUGCCCUGGCUGCUGCCUUCUGGUUUCGUCUCUACCUCAGUCCCAGCCAUGCCAAUCCCCUGGUCAGACAUGCUGUGGCAACUCUCCUCGGCAUCGCCUUUCUCAUCUUCUGCUUCGGAUGGUACUCAGCUCACAUCCUGACAGUGGUGGUUGCAAGCUACCUGAUCAUCAUCAAAGCUGACAUCAACAGUGUACACAGGUAUUCCAUGGUGACAGCUAUGGGCUAUCUGACAGUGUGCCAAGUGAGCCGAGUUUUCAUCUAUAACUAUGGAAUACUGUCCACUGACUUCUCUGGGCCUCUGAUGAUUGUAACUCAGAAGAUCACCACACUAGCAUUCCAGCUCCAUGAUGGUAUGUGUAAGAAAUCAGAACAGCUGACCCCGGAGCAGAAGCUUCUGGCAAUAAAUGUGAGGCCUUCUCUCAUUGAGUACCUGAGUUAUAAUCUGAACUUCCUGAGUGUCUUGGUGGGACCGUGCAGUAACUAUAUGGACUACAUCGACUUCAUAGAGGGCAGACACAUCAGCCAGAGGCUCAGGCAGCACUCCGGGACGUGUAACGGACAGAAUGGCUAUGAUAAGACACCAAACCCAUCACCUCUGAACGCUGUCUGUAAAAAGCUGCUGGUCUGCAGUGGCUGUAUGCUGUUCUUCCUAGUUGUGACUCGGUCUUUGCCUAUAACUUACAACGUGGACCCCGACUUUGUCAGCCACGCCCCCUUCCUCACCAGGCUCAUCUAUGCUUUCUUCUCCAUACAAGCAGCCAGGCCCAAAUUUUACUUUGCCUGGACACUAGCCGAUGCUGUGAACAACGCUGCAGGUUUUGGUUUCUUGGGGAUGGAUGAAAAUGGAAAGCCAUCGUGGGAUCUAAUCUGCAACCUCAACAUCUUGGGGAUUGAGACCGCAACAAGCUUCAAGACAUUUAUAGACAACUGGAAUAUUCGAACAGGAAUUUGGCUUAAAACAGUGUGUUAUGACCGAGCACCCAAGCACCGGUUGGCGUUGACCUUUAUCCUGUCUGCCCUGUGGCAUGGUGUUUAUCCAGGGUACUAUUUUACCUUCAUCACAGCCAUCCCCAUCACCAUGGCAGCACGAGCAAUACGGAGAUCUGUUCGUCACUACUUCCUGGGCUCCAGAGGCUUGAAGCUGGUUUAUGACAUCUUGACGUGGGCAGCCACCCAGCUGGCCAUCUGCUACACUGUCAUGCCUUUUCUACUUCUUGCAGUAGAACCCACUUUGGUGUAUUACAGGUCUAUGUACUUCCACGUGCACAUCAUCAGCAUUCUGGCUGCGAUCGCCCUGCAUCGGAAACACAAACCCAAGGACCCCUCUGCAACGACCAAAACGUUUUCCUCCGCCUCCUCCUCCUCGUCUUCGUGCUCAGCCCAGUGCCAGCCUGUUCACUCCAACAACAAUGACAAAGUAGACUGAAAAUUCCCCUCUCCAUGUUCUUUUACCAGGCUCUCAGUCCAAGUGAAUAUCCCUAAAGGGCAUUCAGCCAACUUAAAAUGGGAAACCAUGGUGUUAUUUAUUUUACGAGACACAAUGCAGGAUUUGGACCUUUUGGCACUGAAUGUACACGGGAAGAGCUUUUCUGCCAUAUUGUAAGAUUAAGACAAUACAUCAAACAUAAGCUCAGCAGACAGCGUGGAAAGAGAAACAUUAGCUGAAGGAACAUCACUGGUACCACCACCACCACCACCACAACAACAACAACCUGGCCUCCCUCUACUUUCCCCAAACACCACCCCUCUACAUGCCCAUCUCGACAUCAGCCUGCCCGCUCCAACAACAAUGCAACAGUGUGAAGAGAGAAAGGAGGCUCGCCUUCCUCCCUGUCCUCUAUCUGCACUGUCCUGCCCAGUGGUGGGACGUAAGCCAGCACAGUGGGAGAACAGCUCAUAAACAGGGCACAAAUACCAGGACACACACACACACACACAAACUCACGCAUAAACAGACACUAGGAAACAAAUAUGCACAUACUCUCUCAUAGGCACGCUCGUACUUGGUCACACUCUGAUGGCACACAAAGGCUGCCCUUGUGUGGCCACAACAAAAGAGCAUGCCAAGGGGAUAGAGAGCCCGUGCACCCCCUGCACCCGCUGUGCCCAGAGGAUAUAUAUAUGUGUGUGUGCACGUGUGUGGGAGUAUGUAUGAUCGUUUGCCCUCUGUUAUAUCUCAGUGUGUGUUUGUGUGUGUGUGGACCUUGUCAUGAAAAAACUGUGGACUGUGUUGGUAUUCCUCCUACUGGGAAAGCCACCUGAAAUACCAAUUAGACCACAGAGCUUUCAAACUAUCCACUGAAACCAUUACUAUUGACUUUUUUUUUCUUUUUUAGAUGAGUCAGCUCCUCCAGGUGAGGAGGUUUGACUAUUCUCUAGAACAAGGUAACACUUUGUUAUAGUUUCUAUAAUCCUUCUCUUUACCUACACCCCUGUAAACACAAAGGAAAGGCUAACAGAUAUUUAAAGAAUAAGUCAUUCAACAUUAAACAGUCUGCCAACAAGCUUUUGCUCAUGUCACUGAAUUGUAAUAAUAAAGAAAUAGCGCCAUAUGAGCACAAAUUGAAGCUAACCAUGAAUAACAAAAGCCUUCCUAUAAUUUCAUCAUUUUAUUUCCCCCAAGUAAUAUUGUUUUGUGUUGAGGGAAUGUAAUAGUCACGCACCUCUUAAUGUGUUAGUACUUACCAUGUGACCGGUGCUGGAAACCUGCUAUCAUGGUAUAGAGUAAUUGAACAAAAAGCUGUGGCGAAACUGACAGGAAAUACAUCUGAAGUUUCCCCCUUUGGGAAGUAACCAUUGCACACUUAAAGAAUGGAAAAUAUGACCGCAAAUUGGAAUUUACAGGUUACAUGUAUUUCUCUGUCAGUGGGAGUUUGGUGCUGUGUUCAUUUUCUGUGGUUCUUUCUGAGAAAGAGCACAUUUAAAACCUUAGAUUUACCAGAGCUUAUCAGCAGCGGCAGGUUGAGUUAACAGAGACAUCUGCUGGUUGUUUGUACUGUCUGAACUCUGCUGAAUUAAGUCAUGAAGGUAAGCCAUGUGGGACUGACUGAAACUGCCACACUGCAGCAUCUCCCAACGCGGCUUCAUACCGACCAUGAGCUGAACUGAUGAUACAAUUUCUUAGCAAAUAUUCACAAUUCCUUCACUUCACUAGCUUUUACCGAUGCACAAUCAGAAGCUGAUGUUUGUGAUUAGAGAUGAGGUAAACAUGGUGAAAAGAAACGCACCUUCACAUUUUAAAAUUAUGAAUUAUUAUUCAGUUGUUUUUUGUUAUGAAAAGGUUAUCACUCAUGAGAGGUUUGGGAGCGUUGGGAGUUUUGAAAGCAGCACAGUGGAUUGUUUAUUAAUGGUGCUAACUGCUGCCGGCUAGCAUGUUAGUUUUUCAACUAAAUUAUUGGUUGAUUAGAAUGAGGUUUGCUAACAAUGCUAACAAGUUGCAAUGCAAGAUUUUUAUUUUUAUUGUUUUUUUUUUUUUGGUGAUGUAACUGCUUGGUGAAAAAAAAAUUACACUUGAAAAUGUCAGGUUGUCCCUUUAAAUGCAUUACAUGGGUUGCCUUUCUUUGGGUAUAGCAUGUUAACUAACUGUUUAAUCAUGUUAGAGACACCAUUUUAAUUUUAAUGCAUUUUAUUACCUGCUUUGAAAUUGUAAUCUCAACUUUCUGAGUACAGAAAAAAUGUAUAUUUUGGACUCACCUGUUUUAGCUCAGUUUACAUAUUGACUCAGCCCUCUAACUCUAAAUAUGAAAGCCCUCAGAUGGAGCUUGUUCAUACGAGAAAAAAAAAUCAAAGACUGUGCACAGAUAUUUUGUAUUUUUCUAUUAGGAGAUAAUAUCUGUGUCACAUAAAAAUCACACUUCGCUUUGCUGUGACAAGGACCCCACUCACAGACAAGUGUUGAUCUGAGGGUGAGGAGUAAGGGGUGGGGUGGUAAUAACACUAAUUAUAAAAUAAAUACCACUGUGGAAUUACUCAAAAUUUUAGGGCAUGCAAGAAGGGGAAUGUGCAAAUGAGCCUAUUAGUUGUCUCCCUUGGCUAAUUAGAACAGAUCUUUCUGACAUUUUUUUUAAUCUCGUGGGUCAUUUUGAGUAAAGAUGGUCAUAUUUAAUUUUUGUUCAUUAUUUUAAUGUUUAGCUGCACAUGAGUACCUCUCUUGGAGUUAAUGAAGUGUCAGUAGUGAAUGGUCUAGGGACCUGUAGACGUUUCUGUACAAGAGGCUUUUUUGCAAUUAUAACACUGUUGAACACUGACUGCACCUAGACUCCUCACGAGGUGUAUGUGUGUGUGUUUGCUAAAAAAGUGAAAAUACUCUUCCCAUGUAUGGCUUUGCUAUAACUUGAAAUUGCCUAUGUGAAACAAAGCCCCUAUUAACUGAUACCAGCUCUAACCUUUAAAUCUGUUUUUGUUCUCAAUAACAUGUUCAUGGCAAGUAUGUCUGCAUGUGUUUUCAGUGCAGGGAAAUGAGCAAUGAGUGGCACAUAUACAGUAUGAAUGUGUUGUCAGAAUGAGCAGCUAUUUGAAUGACUUAAUACUGAUUCUGAAGAUAUUUUUGUAUGUGUUUUUGCAGAUGCAUGUGAGAUCAAAUAUACUGACUGUGAGAGUGUGUGUGUAUGUGUGAUAUUUUCUUAUCACCCCAUUGUUCCAUUUUAGUAUUGUUAGUAUGGAGGAAAGAGUGAGUGGUAUAGAAACAUUUUUGAGUAACAAAUAAAGCUUCAGUGAAACAAA